CCCAUCAUGCCUUUAUAUGUCACUUCCUGGUUUGUCACUUCCUGUUUGUCAGCCACAUGAAGAGAUGGAGCAAUGUAAGCAUUGCUAACUUAAGAGUGUUUCUAUCUAUAUCAUAUGACAUCCAACCAAGAAAAUGCAAGAUAUAACCCCCUCUCUUAGCUCACAAGCAGGCAAAAGUGGUAUGUGGAUAUAUUUUCUGUUUUAUUUAAUCACGAUGGACAGAAAACAUGAUGACAUGGGUACAAAAAGACGAGAUCAGACAAAGGACAGGAACAUGAGGGCAAACUAUAAAGGAUGUGAAGAGUGAUUCAUGUUUGGAUAUAGAAAUAACGUCCUCAACAUCAAAAGAGCGACUGACAGCACAAACUCUUUCCUGCAUCACCUGUGGAAAGACAUUCAGCUCACAGAGACAUUUAGAGAGACAUGAGAGAAAACACACAGAACAGAAACUCUUCACCAGAUCUGAGAUCAGCUUUACUACCUUACAAGAGAAGAAACUUCAUUCAGAAGACCACAGAGAGAAGAAGAAGAAGAAGAAGAAGAAGUUUCACUGUGAGCAGUGUGGGAAGAUUUGUCUCUCUUCAUCUAAACUAAAUGUUCACAUGAGGACACACAGUGGUGAAAAGCCUUUCUACUGCACUGAAUGUGGAAAUUACUUCAGAACCAAACACAAUCUUAAAGUUCAUAAUAGACUUCAUACAGGUGAAAAACCUUACGAGUGUCCUCACUGUGAGAAGAGAUUUAGGCGUAAACGUGGUCUGAAGAGACAUGUGCUUUCACACACCAAUGAGAGACCGUAUCAGUGCAGUGAAUGUGACAAAAACUUUAGGGAUUCACGUUCUUUAAAAAAACACCAGAAUAUUCACAUUAAAGAGAAACUCCAUCAGUGUUCACACUGUGAUAAAUGUUACGGUCAUAAAUAUCAGCUGAUAGUCCAUGAGAGAGUUCAUACUGGAGAAAAACCUUAUCACUGUAGUGUAUGUGGGAAGAGUUUUAGUCAUCAAACUACAUUACUAUGUAACAAGAGACUUCAUACAGGUGAAAAACCUUUUAAAUGCUCUCAGUGUGACAUGACAUUUGCUUAUUCAGGUCACUUCAAAGUCCAUCAGAGAGUUCACACUAGAGAGAAACCUUACGUCUGCUCUCACUGUGGAAAGAGCUUCUCUAGUUCAUCUAAAUUCAUAGUUCAUCAGAGAGUUCAUACUGGAGAGAAACCUUAUCACUGUAGUGUCUGUGGGAAGAGUUUUAGUCAAAAAACUACAUUACAAUGUCAUAAGAGAAUUCAUACAGGUGAAAAACCUUACAAAUGCUCUCAGUGUGACAAGACGUUUGCUCAGUCAAAUUCCUUAAAAUCCCAUGAGAGAAUUCAUACUGGAGAGAAACCUCAUCACUGUAGUGUCUGUGGAAAGAGUUUUAGUCAAGGGUCUUCAUUACUAAACCACCAGAGAAUUCAUACAGGUGAAAAACCUUUCAAAUGCUCUCAGUGUGACAAGACGUUUACUUGUACAAGUAACUUAAAAUACCAUCAGAGAGUUCAUACUGGAGAGAAACCUCAUCACUGUAGUCUCUGUGGGAAGAGUUUUAGUCAAGAGUCUUCAUUACUAAAGCACAAGAGAAUUCAUACAGGUGAAAAACCUUUCAGAUGCUCUCAGUGUGACAAGACGUUUUCUCAGUCAAAUCACUUACAAGCCCAUAAGAGAGUUCAUACUGGAGAGAAACCUUAUCACUGUAGUGUCUGUGGGAAGAGUUUUAGUGUAAAUGCUACAUUACUAAAGCACCAGAGAAUUCAUACAGGUGAAAAACCUUUCAAAUGCUCUCAGUGUGACAAGACGUUUGCUCAGUCAGAUUACUUACAAGCCCAUCAGAGAGUUCAUACUGGAGAGAAACGUUAUCACUGUAGUGUCUGUGGGAAGAGUUUUAGUCAACGGACUUCAUUACUAAAGCACCAGAGAAUUCAUACAGGUGAAAAACCUUUCAAAUGCUCUUAGUGUGAUAAGACGUUUGCUCAGUCAGGUUACCCACAAGCCCAUCAGAGAGUUCAUAAUGGAGAGAAACGUUAAAGCUGAAGGUAUACUAGGGAGGUCUGCAUGACGUCAUUUUUGUCAUCAGGAGAAAAUGACCAUACGCAUACAAUACGCGUUCAACAGCGCAUGUGUGAGAAAAUAUUGAGACAGGACAUCCCACUACAAACAAUUUUAAAAAGGCAAUAUACAGCAUUUGCACACACACUAUUGUUUUUUCUUCUUUUAUUUUCACUUAUUUCAAGAACAGAAAGCUGUGGAGCAUUUCCGUCAACCUAAUAUUUGAUUCCUGGUCUUUGUUUUCUUCUUGUUUCUUUUAAACUUUGUUUGCCAUGGUGGAUUGUCUACUUUCUUCACCUAUCCUACAUUUUUUUAUGACGCUUUUCUGUUGCAUAGUACCUCACGGUUUGGUUUGGGGUCAGCUUACUUUUGGGAGCUUUUCCACUGAGUGAAGUAUGUAGUACCCAAUACUUUUUUUAGUACCACCUCGGUUGGGGUUUCAAGCGACCUGAGCUGAUAACAAACGUGACGGGAAAACACUGUAGAUCACUGAUUGGUCUGAGAGAGUCGUCACUAUCAGUGUCAUUGCUAUAAUCUUAAAGAUAAGCUUUACCUUAGUGCUAGCUUGCGGUGUCUCGAGCAAACAUGUUGUCAUCUGUGCUCUGCUAUAAGUUCCCAAACUCCCUUUAGCGAUGAAAAACAUCUACAGGUUGAGAAUCAAGAACACCAUAAAAGUUUUUUUUCAGACUUGCAGUUUGUGGCGGCACAUUCGCGACGCGCACGUAUGCUUAAAUGCAACUUAUGAGGCUUAGCGGAGCGUAUUAACUGAUGCCACAGGUGUUUGUACAGAAACUGUCAUGUGAGACCGAGGUAGUGAUAAAUGCGAUGUGCAAACAUCUAUUUUGAUGAUCAAUUUUAGUUUUGUGUCAGACUGAGAAAUAAAUGAAUGUAUGGGAAUGUACAACAAUGCUCUCACUUGUAUGAUGUCACAGCAGUAGGCAGCGCAAAUAUAACAACACGCCUAUAAUCCCUCCCAUCUGAAAUAAUACUAACUCGAUGGAAAAGCUAACCAAGCCAAAGUGAAGUGAGCUGACCCGACCUGACUCGCAAAUCAGUGCGGCUCUGAUGGCCUGGUAGAGUAAUAAUUUGAAUGAGAAAUCAUUUGUAUUGUGUACAGUCGUGGCCAAAAGUUAGCAAUUUGCAUAUACUCCAGAAUGUUGAAUGAAUAGUGAUCAGCUGAAUUGCAUAGUCCUUCUUUGCUAUGAAAAUUAACUUAAUCUCAAAAAACCUUUCCACUGCAUUUUAUUGCUGUCAUUAAAGGACCUGCUGAGAUAAUUUCAGUAAUCGUCUUGUUACCUCAGGUGAGAAUGUUGAUGAGCUCAAGGCUGGAGAUCAUUAUGUCAGGCUGAUUGGGUUAGAAUGGCAGACUUGACAUGUUAAAAGGAGGAUGAUGCUUGAAAUCAUUGUUCUUCCAUUGUUAACCAUGGUGACCUGCAAAGAAACGUGUGCAGCCAUCAUUGCGUUGCAUAAGAAAUGGCUUCACAGGCAAGGAUCUUGUGGCUACUAAGAUUGCACCUAAAUCAACAAUUUAUAGGAUCAUCAAGAACUUCAAGGAAAGAGGUUCAAUUCUUGUAAAGAAGUCUUCAGGGCGUCCAAGAAAGUCCAGCAAGCGCCAGGAUCGUCUCCUAAGGAGGAUUCAGCUGCGGGAUCGGAGUGCCACCUUUGCUCAGGAAUGGCAGCAGGCAGGUGUGAGCGCAUCUGCACGCACAGUGAGGCGAAGACUUUUGGAAGAUGGCCUGGUGUCAAGAAGGGCAGCAAAGAAGCCACUUCUCUCCAAAAAAAAAACAUCAGGGACAGAUUGCUCUUCUGCAGAAAGUAUAGUGAAUGGACUGCUGAGGACUGGUGCAAAGUCAUAUUCUCCAAUGAAGCCCCUUUCCAUUUGUUUGGGGCAUCUGAAAAAAGGCUUGUCAGGAGAAGAAAAGGUGAGCACUACCAUCAGUCCUGUGUCAUGCCAACAGUAAAGCAUCCUAAAACUAUUCAUGUGUGCGGUUACUUCUCAUCCAAGGGAGUAGGCUCACUCACAAUUCUGCCCAAAAACACAGCCAUGAAUAAAGAAUGUUACCAAAAUGGUUAAUCCCAUUAGGGUUGUUGCGGUGACAGAAUUUUCCCACCGGUUAAUCAGCGCGUGACAAACCCGGUUUCACCGGGUGGGAGGGGCUUAUAAAUGCACAGAAGUGCGCAUUUUAUAUCACUUUUGAGUUAGAUGCAACUGUUGUUUAAAUCCAGCGCUUGCGUACGCUGCGUUAAAUCGCGUAUGAAUUUGCGUGCAAAUGUGAGCGCAACAGCUGGUUUAAGUGCUUGAGUCAAUGUGCGCAGGUACUUCUGACAGAAACCCGCCAGUCCCAAGCAGAGCAACUGGCUAUUCCUCCAUAAAGCGCUGCUUGAAUGAUGGGUUUAUUAUUAUUCUUAAUGAAAAACACAACAACAAAACGAUCUCGCCUAUAUUAAACAUCAUAUAUGUAUAUUAUAACAAAAACGAGUAAGCACGCGGCUUCUGCCAUUGUCUGCUCGCCGCAGUCUGACAGGAAUGAAAUCUGACACCCGCAGCCGCUGCUCUGUGAUGACGCGCGUUCAGCUCCGCUGGAUUCAGCCAGCAGACACAUACAGUUGUAAGUGUUUGCUCUCUCUAACGAAACUAAAUGAUUUAAUUACAAGAAAAUAUCAAAACGACGGUGAAAGACGGUGUCGCGGUGGGCAAGUGAUCUAACCGGUGAGAGGCUGAAGCACCGGUAAUCACCGUUUCACCGACUAUCACAACAAGCCUAAAUCCAAUUAAGAACUUGUGCAGUCAAUUCUCAAGAGGCGGGUGAACAAACAAAAACCCACAAAUUCUGACAAACUCCAAGAAGUGAUUAUGAAAGAAUGAGUUGCUAUCAGUCAGGAUUUGGCCCCGAAGUUGAUUGAGAGCAUGCCCAGUCGAAUUGCAGGGGUCCUGAAAAAGAACGGCCAACACUGCAAAUACUGACUCUUUGCAUAAAUGUCAUGUAAUUGUCGAUAAAAGCCUUUGAAACGUAUGAAGUGCUUGUAAUUAUAUUUCAGUACAUCAUAGAAACAACUGAAACAAAGAUCUUAAAACAGUUUAGCAGCAAACUUUGUGAAAACUAAUAUUUAUGUAGUUCUCAAAACUUUUGGCCACAACACUACAUUUCCAACACGGGUAGCUGAGUAUGCUUUGAAAGCUGUGUGUGAGCUGGACAUGGGAAAAAGUAUACCCGGCCCUUAAGUCUGCUCUCACUGUGGAAUAAGCUUCUGUUAUCCGUUUUAAUUCAGAGAUCAUCAGAGAGUUCAUACUGGAGAGAAACCAUAACACAGUAGUGUCUGUGGGAAGAGUUAAUCAACAGUCAAACUUUAUAAAGCACCAGUGACCUUAAUAAGGUUAUGACACCAAAAAUAGCUUUAAAUAUUAUUAAAUCGUAGCUAAACCCUAAACCAACUUUUUUAGUUAAUGAUCUGUAAGAAUGGGGCUUUAUUAGUGCUGUUCAUUGAUUCGAGUAACAUUUUUGACAUUUGGGUAUAGGUGAUGUAAGCUGUACGGUGUGACAUAAGCAGGUUCAAGCUCGCCUCGCUCUUGUUACGAUCACACCGCACCCUUGGCAAAAUUCUCCAUUUUAGAGUCUGACAGCAGCAGCCCCCAAACAUUUCUUGCAUUUUGCAAAUAUUGGCAGUGGGUGGAGUCAGGGGUUUAGUUACCCUUUGAUAGUAAAAUAAGAACAAAUAAUCAAAUUAUGAGCAAUAUCGCAGAUAAAUACAACAGAACAAACAAACAAAUGAAAUCAAACUGUGCUGCUCAUGUUUUCAGAUUGAUCUAACAGUUCUAUAUUUUGGAGUUAGGUGGGAAGCUGGUAAAGGGUGUAUGUGUCUGGGAGCAAACAUACCGUUCAUAACUAUAUAAGAUAGUGUUAAUUCAUGUUGUUUUUCAUAUUUUAUUUACACAUUUAUCAUUUUUAUCUCUUUAAUGAACUAUUUUUAUGUGUCAAACUCGUUUAUUUUAUAUUGUGUGCUGUGUGACUUUACAAAUUGGUUUUAAAGUUUUAAUGUCAUGGGAUCACAAUGUCAUUAAUUGUUCAUUAACUUUGCUUUGUAUAGAAACACACUGUGAGAGGAACUGUUCAGAUUAUUCAGUAAAUUCUUUGUUCAUUUUUACAAUGAUUAUGUCUUUUGACUUCUGCUAUAGGCAUAUUCUCUGGGCUGAUAUUAAAGUUUACAUAAUUAUUCAGUA